AUGCCUAGAGACCCAGCUGUCCGUGGGAAUGGCGUGCCUUUGUUGUUUGUUGUCAGGUGCCGCCAGGUGUCACUCAGGUUGGCGGCGACCUACACAGGCGGACCGGCAGGACAGGUACCAGACAGGAAUGGAAACAGAACACACAGUAAUGCUCACAACAUUCCGGAGCAAAUUGUAAUGGCUCUCCUGGGAUUGGUUACCUGGUAACACUAACUACAACAACUGGCAGUGGGAAGAAAGUACAAGAACUGCCAAAGCUGCUGCUUGUAGUACUGGGCACAUGGACGCCCGUCCUGUUUGUGUGUUGGGAUGACGCCAAGAGGAAACCGUGAGACCGUGGGCAUCACAGAGGUUCGGACGCUGGAGACUGCGCCCAUACACAGCCGACCCAUCCUGGCACCCAUCAACACAGAAGAACAGAAACACAGGUUCCUGCAUCAUGGACACUUACCACAGUUUCACCUGCGCGGUUCAGAGGAGCGUGUUCAGGGGGCCAUGAGGACAAAAGUGGCGCAGAUCAAGUUUGACCACUUCCCGGAGGCAAAGAAAAUCCUGGAGCUCGUCCGACAGAAGUUUGGUGACGAUGACAGACUGGUGGAGGCAGCGUUUGGGCCGCUGAUUGACCAGAGAGAGGCGACACACGUCGUGAGUCAGUACCUGCUGGAACAUGGAGUGGACGGGAUGCUGAAAGUCCUGUGGAGCGGAGAUCUCAACUGCAGUGGUCGGAUGCAGUGGAGAGGUCCUGCGCAGAAGUACAACCGUCCUGAGCUGCGGAGGUACUCCUUGUGGCUGCAGAACACCGCAGAGAACAUGUACCUCCGACAGCACGGCAUCAAGUGUCUCAUCGACCACGAGGUCGGCACGCACUUCUUCCGUAUGCUGAACGAUGGUUUCCAGCCCUGGUACUCCAACCGUGACGGGUUCGGGCUGCGGUCCUGCCGAUCGUGGGAGGCUGUUGCUAUCGAGGAGGGUCUGGCUACAGUCAACACCAUGCUGCAGGCCAAAGUUAAAUACCUCUGGGUACCCGCACUGCUAUACUAUGCGUCCUGUAUGUCCACGGAGAUGACCUUCAGUGACCUUUUCCACCAUCUUGAGACGUUCAUCAAGGACGUUCACCAGCGCUGGAAGAUUGUGCUGAGAAUCAAGUGCGGUCUGCCUGACCCAGCUAAGGACUUGGGAGGAUGUGGGAAAGACCAGGCUUACUUUGCAGGUGCUGUGGAAAUCCUGAGGAAUCUGGAAACCAUCGACUUCCACCUGCUGUACUCAGGAAAGGUCUGCAUUGACGAGCUUCCCCGCAUCAGGCGCUUGGCUCGGCGCGACUGCAUCAAACUGCCACACUUCUUACUAGACCAGGAGGCGUACAGGAAGAAGCUACGGCAAAUGGCUGCUAUAAACAAUAUCGACAGUCUGCACAAGAAAAAUGAGACCAAGAAGACUACCUCUGUGCCCAAACAACGAGCAGGAAACAUGACAAGAAAGUUCAGCGUCUCUGUACCAAACUUACCAAAGUACGCUCCUGCGGCUGAGGCGCCCAAGAAAAGCCUGUUGAAUCGGAGGAAGGUUUCUCCCAAUGUUGUGACAUAUAGUAGGAAAUAUCAGUAUGUUUCAGGGUGAACUUGGUACAUGCAUGUAUGUAUAAAGAGUUAGUGGAAAAUGUCAGUAUUGUGUAGCUUGUUAUGUUGAACAUGGCUCAACUGAAAGGUGGACUCUAAAAUAUGUGCCAUGUAGCAGAAGUGUGAUGUUGGGAAACAGAUUGGUAAAAAGAUUUUUGUCGUGUCCAACCAUAUUUAUUCAUCAUAGAAUGAGCUUGGUAAAAUUCUUGGUUUUACCCCUUAGCCUAUUGUUAUAACAUAUCAAAAUCAAACAUUCCCAUUGGUUAUACCUUUGAUUUUUGAACCAUCAGCCAAAUAGAACACUUACCUCAGAAAUUGGGCACAAUCAUAAGAUGUGAGACAUGACAUAUUGACAGACAUGUUGUACUAUGAUGUAACAUCCUACAUUGUUUUUCUUUCUCAUACUCUUGCCAUGUAAAGUCAUAUUUUUCUUAUCUUUGAUGUACCAGGUUUUAGCCACAGUUUGUAUCAGUGACCUCAUGAGGACACUUUUAACCUGUAAAAAACGUAAAUGUGUGAUCCUUGGAGCUUUUUAUUUGUACAGAAAGAUUCCUCAGUUUAUGCUGAUAAAAUUGCUAUUUUUCAAAAGAUUCUUAAAGUCUAUAUUAUACCUUUGGUCAGGACAUGUUGCUUUUAUACAACUAUUUAUGAUUAUGUUUUAUACCUUUUUGUGCAAUUUAAAGGGUGUUGCUGCUAUUUUGCCUAAGCUAAUGUUCAUGACUAUUUGGCACUAUGAUUUACCCUAAGAAGCAGUGCCAUUUUAAAGCCGUUUGUAGUGUUGUCCCAUUCUAAAUGGGUAGUGAGUGUGUGAAAGGUGCCGUAUUUUGCCCGAAAAUCAUGACAAACAAGUUGUACCUCCAGAGUAGAUUGUUGAUGACAAUUGUAUUUAUAAGACUGUACAAAAUGUACACCAUUUUACAGAUCUUGUACCAUCAUCAAAUGUAUUUGUGAGUAUGGAACAUUCCUAGGUGAGAACAUAUUUGUACAUCAUUCCAUUGACGAAAGUUUUGUAUCAUGACAACUGCUGCUGUUGCAGAACUUGAUUGA